AAGAAAGAGAAAGGAAAAUUGUUUUUCUUCAUAGUUUGUGAUGAGAACAUUUCAUUUGAUUGUGAUUCUCGUUCAAUUCACUUCAUCACCGAGGGAUUUUCUCCUUUUUCUUUAAUCAUCUUUUUAAUUCCACUAUCAAGAAAAAUUCUCUCUUGUUUUGAUUCUAUUAUGAGAAGGUUAUGUUUUUUUAUGUUUCUAACUUAAGGGUUAACCUCUUUCUCUUCAUGUUUAGAUAACCUCUGACAUUCAUUUUCGUCCAUUUUGAAACGAAUUCUCCUUCUCCUCUUUUUCUCUUUUUCCAAGUUUCAUCGCCAUUUUUGUUUCCUUCUCGGUGAUUUAUCCCUUUUCUUUCGAGUUUAAGCUAAUUUGGUGACGACUAUUAUGGCUGAUAAAAAGUCACCAAUUCGUGUCCUAAUCACUGGAGCCGCUGGUCAAAUAGCUUAUUCUUUGAUUCCUUUUGUUGCCAAGGGGGAUGUUCUCGGACCCGAUCAACCGGUAAUCCUUCAUCUUCUUGACAUUCCAUUUAUGUCUGGUGUUCUAGAUGGUGUGGUGAUGGAGAUUUAUGAUUGUGCUUUCCCCCUGGUUGAGGGUAUUGUUGCAACAACCGAUGAGGCUACUGCUUUCAAGGAUGUUGAUGUUGCUUUUCUGGUUGGAGCUAUGCCACGGCGAGAAGGUAUGGAAAGAAAAGAUCUUCUUUCAGCCAAUGUGAAAAUUUUUGCUUCUCAAGGUAAAGCCUUAGCUGCUCACUCCAAUCCUGAUGUGAAAGUUUUGGUUGUUGGUAAUCCAGCGAACACCAAUGCACUCAUCUGUGCUCAUUUUGCUAAGCCAAAAAUUCCCGCAGCAAAUAUAACAGCAAUGACUCGUUUAGAUCAAAAUCGAGCUAUGGGUCAACUUGGCUUAAAACAUUCAGUUAAAGUGAAAAGUAUUGAAAAUGUUUUCAUCUGGGGUAACCAUAGUUCAACUCAAUUUCCCGAUGUUAAAAAUGCCACUUCAAAUGGUACAAAGUUACCCUUUGCUGGACACGAUCAAGAUUUUAUUACCCUUAUACAGAAACGUGGGGCCGCCGUUAUUGCAGCUCGUAAAUUAUCUUCAGCCAUGUCCGCUGCUAAAGCGGCUGCUGACCACAUGAAAGAUUGGUGGUUAGGAACCUCAACUCCUGUCUCCAUGGGUGUAAUCUCAGAUGGUAAUUCUUACAAUGUUCCACAAGGAUUGGUCUAUUCUUUCCCAUGUACUGUUGAUGCCAUCACCAAGCAAUGGAAAAUUGUCGAUGGAUUUGAAAUCGAUGAAUUCUCUAGAGAAAAAUUGAACGCCACAGCUAAAGAAUUGGAAGAGGAAAGAUCCGAAGCCAUGACAGCGACCCAAAGUGGUAACUUGUAGAGGGAAAGAACCACAAAACGAAAAACACUGAAUCCAAACAUAUAACUUACCAAUGGUUCUAAACCGAGUUACAAGCAUAGUAAUAUUAAUCCAUGGGAGGAAUUUAAUCUAAUCCAAUUCCAUAAAAAUAAGAAAGCGAAUCAAAAAAAAAUAA